AUGGCGUCUGUCUAUUCAUUCUCAGUGGAGAGUGACGUGAAGACACUCGCUCAAGACGAGGGUAAGCGCAGCGUGGGAGAAAGAUAUGACGCAGAAGAAGACAGUGAUGUAGCUCCCACGCUGCCAACCGAGGGCGAGGCUCGACAGUUUGAAGUCACAACGGUAGGUAGGAGCCCAGACGUACAGCUGAAGGACAGGGCUGCGUCAUCGAAUCCAGAUCCCGCGAAGAAGAGGAGGCCGACGAACAAGACGCUCGCGGGUCAUGGAAACUCGAAGCAACGGACGGUCGAGCCUCAUAAGAAGCGCUUGGCGUUUACCAUCGCCCAGAUCUGCAUGCAGUCCGGCGGACGCUCCAGCGCGGCCGCGCAUGAUUCAGAAGAGGAGCCGGCCAGCUACGUCGAGGAGGCAGACGACGUUGGAGACGACGUAUCGAUUCACUUAGCACAGGAAGAGGCGUCAGUCGAGCUUGCUGAUCUCUCAGAUGCCGAUGAAGAGUAA